GACUACAAUGGAGGCGCUUUAUCUCGUCUGCUCAAUCUUCUCCACCAUCCUUACCUCCUUCACUCUAUCCCUCCUCCUUCCCUUCCGCCUCCUCCUCCGCCGUCUCUUCCCUCCCUCCACUCCCGCCGACGCAAUUGCACUCUAUGAAGGUACCGUCUGGCACGAGCGUCGUCGUCCUGUUCACCAUUCUUUUAAGUAUUCCGUCCGUUAUGCUCUCAUUGACCUUGAUCACGCGCUUCACUCUCCACCAGACCAUCUCUCCCCUCGACAAGCUCGGGAUAUCGCUCGAACCAAUGGUCCUGUUUUCCUCUUGACGAUUCCUCCUAGUGUGGGAUACGAACAAAAUCCCUUGAGUUUGUACUACUGCUAUGAUUUUGAAGGCUCCAACAGAUGUUUGAAGAAAUGCAUUGCUGAGGUGACCAAUACACCAUGGGGAGAAAGAGUGCAGUUUCUUUUCAACCCAAAUUCUGAUGUAGUCGCCAAACCACUUCAUGUUAGCCCUUUCAUGGAUAUGCUUGGGAGCUGGAGCAUGAGAACAAAUACACCCGGAGAUACUCUUGUGGUAAAUAUAUCGGUUAAGCAUCCUAAGCUCGGUGACUAUUUCACUGCUUCCUUGACAGCAAAUAGGGUAUCUUCAUCAUCUGUUCAGCAUGCCCUUUUCUUCUGGCUAAUGCCCCACAAAGUUGCAUUGUGGAUCUAUUGGCAUGCUCUGAAGCUGUGGUGGAAAAAGGUGGUGUUCAUUCAGCACCCAAGGUAUGGAUAUCCAUCAUACAAGGAAGAUGCAAUGGAACGCGAUAGAAAUCUUGGGUGCUGCCAGGCGUUUGCAACACAAACAGACAAACACCAACGAGCUGAACAAAGCCGCGAUCCCAAUUUUACCUCUGCCAUGAAUCAAAAGGAUCGUUGGUUUAGAUGGAGGGAUGCUAAAUGGCCAUGGUGCUGAAUGAAUCGUGUAAGUCAUCCCCUUCGCGCUUAAUAUAUGUUGUUACCAUGAACAUUGCUAUUCAGCAAUAUGUUAUAAAUAUAACUUAAUCCAAGCUGUUACCUCUACUACGUGUUUAUUAA